GUCUGUGGCUGUAUAACCUCUUUUCGAAUCAUCAAGCUUUGUAUCGCAAGGCAACAAGAUGACGAACUCUAAGGGUUAUCGUCGUGGCACUAGGGACUUGUUCGCCCGCAGGUUCCGCACUCAUGGAAACAUCCCUUUGUCCACUUACAUGAAAGUGUACAAAAUUGGCGAUAUCGUUGAUAUCAGGGGAAAUGGUGCUGUUCAAAAGGGUAUGCCACACAAAGUUUACCAUGGCAAGACUGGUCGUGUUUAUAAUGUCACUGCCCAUGCUCUUGGCGUUAUUGUAAACAAAAGGGUGCGUGGUAGGAUUAUUCCCAAACGCAUCAACAUCCGUAUUGAGCAUGUCAAGCAUUCCAAGUGCAGACAGGACUUCCUCAAGCGUGUCAAGGAGAAUGAGCGACUUCUAAAAGAAGCAAAGGCGGCUGGCAAAGUUGUUAAGCUAAAAAGACAGCCUCAACCACCCAAGUCAGCCCACAUAGUUAGCGGACUUGAGAAGCCAGUGCUCUUGGCUCCCAUCCCAUAUGAGUUUGUAGCUUAAUAACAAUAAAAAUAUUAUAAGUGUUUGUUUGUUUCCUUUUUGUAACACCUCUAAAAAGCAAAAUCUUAAAGUAAUAAAUUAGAUUGUGACCAAAUUGUAACUGAUAAUGAUAAAUAUGUUUUCAUACUGCUUUAUCAUGAAAAAGUAUUAGAGCUAAAAAGUUCAGAAUUUUUAUUUAAAAUGUAGCAGUUAAUUGUUUAAAUAUUUGCCGUUUGUCUGGCUGCUUUCUAAUCAGACACAGAAAAUAAUAAAAAAGGAAAAUAAGCCCUCUGCAGCUGGGUUUACUAUUUAAAAUUUUGAAAAGUCCUGACAAAAAGCCGCACAUUUCGAUAAGUCUACAUUUUAGUCACAAAACGCAAACAUCACCCACUUAGUUACAGUGAUAUUAUACGCGUGGUAGC